UUAUUGCGAUCUUCGUUACCUUUGCUUAUUCUUCUCCUUUUCCACAAGGAACCGGUGAACCCAAAGAUAUUAAGAUUGAAGGUCCGGGUCCUGGACCUUUAACUGUUGGUUCUAAAGCUACCGUUACUUGGAAGGCUACAGGAUUUGAUGCUGAUGAACCAAUAUCUUUCGGUAUUUUCGCAGAACAUAAUACUGAACCACCCUUUUUCGCAGAAACCACCCUUUUUGCGGGAAGUAUUACAUUCCCAAUCGAUGACAAAUUUAUUCCUGGAACUAAAUAUGGAAGUGUAAUCGUUCUUAAGUCUGACAAGACGCUUGCUUAUCGUGGUCAAAUUUUGAAAGUAACUGCUGCUAAUUCAAAUAAUGCAAUGGCUGUAAAAGCAAAUGCAAAUAUAUCAGAAACGCCAAGAAAGUGA